GUUGCAAUUUGUGAACCAGCUGUGAUGAAAUCUGGCUCUGGACGAAUCAGAGGCGCCUGUCAACUUCCCAGGUGGGAUUGCUUGGAGUUAAUAGACUGAACUCAGAGCCCCAAACGAACACAGUGCCGUCAGGGCACGCAGAGAACACCCCGCAGAGGCUUUCCAAGAAUCCCUCGGCAUGGCAAGAAAAGGCUCUUUCGGGUCAUACCAGGUGAUAUCCUGGUUCACUUUUGCCAUUGGUGUCAACAUCUGCUUAGCAUUCACAGCAAGCAGGAUCAAGAGGGCAGAAUGGGAUGAAGGACCUCCCACAGUGUUAUCUGACUCUCCAUGGACCAACACAUCUGGAUCCUGCAAGGGUAGAUGCUUUGAACUUCAAGAGGUUGGACCUCCCGACUGUCGGUGUGACAACUUAUGUAAGAGCUACAGCAGCUGCUGUCUUGACUUUGAUGAGCUCUGUUUGAAAACAGCUCGUGGCUGGGAGUGCACCAAAGACAGAUGUGGAGAAGUACGAAACGAGGAGAAUGCCUGUCACUGCUCAGAAGACUGCCUGUCCAGGGGAGACUGCUGUACCAACUACCAAGUGGUCUGCAAAGGAGAGUCACACUGGGUAGAUGAUGACUGUGAAGAAAUAAAAGUUCCCGAAUGCCCUGCAGGGUUUGUCCGCCCCCCGCUCAUCAUCUUCUCUGUGGAUGGGUUCCGUGCAUCAUACAUGAAGAAAGGCAGCAAAGUCAUGCCCAACAUUGAGAAACUGCGCUCCUGUGGCACACAUGCUCCCUACAUGAGGCCUGUGUACCCCACCAAAACCUUCCCCAACCUGUACACUUUGGCCACUGGUUUAUAUCCAGAAUCCCAUGGAAUUGUUGGCAACUCAAUGUAUGAUCCUGUAUUCGAUGCUACUUUCCAUCUUCGGGGGCGAGAGAAGUUUAAUCAUCGAUGGUGGGGAGGCCAACCUCUAUGGAUUACAGCCACCAAGCAAGGGGUGAGAGCUGGAACAUUCUUCUGGUCUGUGACCAUCCCUCAUGAGCGGAGAAUCCUAACCAUCCUCCAGUGGCUUUCACUACCAGACAAUGAGAGGCCUUCAGUUUAUGCUUUCUAUUCUGAGCAGCCCGAUUUCUCUGGACACAAAUAUGGCCCUUUUGGCCCUGAGGAGAGUAGUUAUGGCUCACCUCUUACUCCGGCUAAAAGACCUAAGAGGAAAGUUGCCCCUAAGAGGAGACAGGAAAGACCAAUUGCUCCUCCAAAGAAAAGAAGAAGAAAAUUACAUAGGAUGGAUCAUUAUGCAGCGGAAACUCGUCAGGACAAAAUGACAAAUCCUCUGAGGGAGAUUGACAAAACCGUGGGGCAAUUAAUGGACGGAUUGAAGCAACUCAAGCUGCACCGGUGUGUGAAUGUUAUCUUUGUUGGAGACCAUGGAAUGGAAGACGUGACAUGUGACAGAACUGAGUUCUUGAGCAACUAUCUGACCAAUGUGGAUGAUAUCACUCUAGUGCCUGGAACUUUAGGAAGAAUUCGAUCCAAAUUUAGCAAUAAUCCUAAGUAUGACCCUAAAGCCAUUAUUGCUAAUCUCACGUGUAAAAAACCAGAUCAGCACUUUAAGCCUUACAUGAAACAGCAUCUUCCCAAACGUUUGCACUAUGCCAACAACAGGAGAAUUGAGGAUAUCCAUUUACUGGUGGAUCGCAGAUGGCACGUUGCAAGGAAACCUUUGGACGUUUAUAAGAAGCCAUCGGGAAAAUGUUUCUUCCAGGGUGACCACGGCUUUGAUAACAAGGUCAACAGCAUGCAGACUGUUUUUGUAGGUUACGGCCCAACUUUUAAGUACAGGACUAAAGUGCCUCCCUUUGAAAACAUCGAGCUUUACAAUGUUAUGUGUGAUCUCCUAGGAUUGAAGCCAGCUCCUAACAAUGGGACACAUGGAAGUUUGAAUCACCUACUGCGGACCAAUACCUUUAGGCCAACAGUACCAGAGGAAGUCACCAGACCUAAUUACCCAGGGGUUAUGUACCUCCAGUCUGAUUUUGACCUGGGCUGCACCUGUGAUGAUAAGGUAGAGCCAAAGAACAAAUUGGAAGAGCUCAAUAAACGUCUGCACACCAAAGGGUCCACAGAAGCUGAAACCAGGAAAUUCAGAGGCAGCAAAAAUGAAAACAAGAAAAACCUUUAUGGAAAUUUUGAACCUAGAAAAGAGAGACAUCUCCUGUAUGGACGACCUGCAGUGCUUUAUCGGACUAGAUAUGAUAUCUUAUACCACACGGAUUUUGAAAGUGGUUAUAGUGAAAUAUUCUUUAUGCCUCUCUGGACAUCAUAUACCAUUUCUAAGCAGGCUGAGGUCUCCAGCAUCCCGGAGCAUCUGACCAACUGUGUUCGCCCUGAUGUUCGCGUGUCUCCAGGAUUCAGUCAGAACUGUUUGGCCUAUAAAAAUGAUAAACAGAUGUCAUAUGGAUUCCUUUUUCCUCCUUAUCUGAGCUCUUCCCCAGAAGCUAAAUAUGAUGCAUUCCUUGUAACCAACAUGGUCCCAAUGUAUCCCGCUUUCAAACGUAUCUGGACUUAUUUCCAAAGGGUUUUGGUGAAGAAAUAUGCUUCAGAAAGGAAUGGGGUCAAUGUAAUAAGUGGACCCAUUUUUGACUACAAUUACAAUGGCUUACGUGACACCGAGGAUGAAAUCCAACAGUAUGUGGAAGGCAGCUCUAUUCCUGUCCCAACUCACUACUAUAGCAUCAUCACCAGCUGCCUGGACUUCACUCAGCCUGCAGACAAGUGUGACGGUCCCCUCUCUGUGUCUUCGUUUAUCCUUCCUCACCGACCCGACAAUGAUGAGAGUUGCAAUAGUUCAGAAGAUGAGUCAAAGUGGGUAGAGGAACUCAUGAAGAUGCACACAGCUCGGGUCCGGGACAUUGAGCAUCUCACCGGUUUGGACUUUUACCGGAAGACUAGCCGUAGCUAUUCAGAAAUUCUGACCCUCAAGACAUACCUGCAUACAUAUGAGAGCGAGAUUUAACUUUCUGGGCAUGUGCAGUGUAGUCUCAACAACUGGUGUAUAUUUUUAUAUUGUGUUUGUAUUUAUUAAUUUGAAGCAGGACAUAAAAAACACUUAGUAUUUUAAUCCUAUACCAGAUCUGACAUAUUAAGCCUGAAUGACUCUGCUAUUUUUCCUCUAAUGCUUGAUUUAGACAGAGUUGUGUUCUGAGAAGAGCUUGUAGAGAAUACUGCAGCUCAUGAUCCAGGUAGAAGCUUCCACAUGGUGCUGCAGAUCGAAUAUUUGCAUUGAGGAAAUAUUAAUUUUCCAGCGCACAGUCACCCCACGUGUGGUCCUGUUCUGUAUUGAAAUACUGAUUUUGUAAAGUUGCAUUUAUCUGCUGUUAACUCCAACAAACAUAUUUAAGCCUUAUAGACCAAUCUUAAAUAUAAUAAAUCACACAUUCAGAUUUU